AUGACUAUAUUGGGAAAGGUUGCUGUUCCAAAGCCGAUUAACUUACCAAGCCAAAGGUUAGAGAAUCAAGGCCUUGACCCGAAUGUGGAAAUCGUUCCAAAGGGAACCCUUAGUUGGGGCAGUAAAUCGUCUCUGAAUGCGUGGGGGACAUCAUCACCACGGACUGAAAGUGGUCCUGGUUCUCGCCCUUCUACUGGUGGAAGUGUUACUCGACCUUCCACUGCUGAUAGUGACAAAGCGCAUGAUUCUUCUUCUAUUGCUUCGAACUCCCGGCCCUCAUCAGCAUCCGGGGUGUUUCCAUCAAAUCAGGCAUCAGUUGGACUACAACGUCCACAUAGUGCUGACACAAGACCUGGAAGCUCCCAGUUAUCCCGUUUUGCUGAACCCGUGUCAGAGACUUCUGAAACAUGGGGUCAACAUGGAGUUGCUCCAACGAGAAAGGAUGCGUUUUCUUUGACUUCUGGAGAUUUUCCUUCCCUUGGUGCUGAAAAAGAAAGUUCUGAGAAGAGCAUGCCACAAGAUGCCGCUCGUCCUGCAUCUUCGCCUGGAAGAUCUGUGGAAGAACGAGAAGCUAAUGUGCGGAUUGGAGAUGACAAUACCUGGAGAAGAGAUAAUCAACCAUACAGCGAAGAUGCACCUAGACAUUUUAGAGGGGAAGGGCAAUUGGACUCCCGUUGUCCACAAUCUUAUCCUAAUGCUAAUGUUCCUCAUCAGUAUGAUGGUUGGCGUGGUCCUCCAGUAAAUAAUCAUCAAGGUGGUGGCUGGUACAGAGGGAACCACCCAUAUGGUGCCCCAAUGGGUCCUGGGGGUUUUCCUAUAGAUCCUUUUCCGUUUUAUCCCCCGCAAGUUCCGCCUAUUCCUGGCCAUGAGGCUGGUCCUAGGGGUAAUCACCCUGCUAAUGGACAAAUGUUCAGGCCUCCAAUGCUCGACUCUUAUGUCCACCCAAGGAUGCAGACUAGACCUGGGUUUUAUCUUGGUCCAGUGCCACAUGAAGGCUACUAUGGUCCUCCCAUGGGGUACGGAAGUCCCAGCAACAGAGAUCUGCCUUUUGCGUGUAGACCUGCGGGUCCUCAUGCUUAUAGCCAGCACUCUGGUCAAGGUGGAUAUGAUACGUCUGGAAGCUCAGUGGCUUUGGAACAGAAAGAGUCAUCACAUCCUCAAGAAAGACAAUACAAGGUUCUGUUAAGGCCUCAAGAUGGUAGGUGUGGGGAAGAUGAAGCAAAGCGGGAAGGAUUUCUAGGAAAUAGGCUCCCGAAUGCAGAGAAUGUAGCUCAACAGAUGCAAACUUCCAAAAACAACAGGAGCAAUGACGAGGUACAACUAAUUAAGGCAGAAAAUGCUGCCCCUGAAGAUCCCAGUUUGAUUCAGAAAAUAGAGAGCUUAAACUCAAAAACUAGAAGUAAUGAUGGUUGGCAAAAUGCUUCAUCUGUCGUCCAUAGAGAUCAGCAGGAAAGCAAAACACGUACAGGCAAUUCUGGGAACUCUGUAAACAAAGUUUCAGCAAGAAUGCCUCGAACUGGUCAUGCAAGUGAUAGUACGAACUCAUUACACUAUAAACAUGGUGAUCCUGCCACCAACAGAAACGCUGAGCCGGCAGCUAUUAGUGGAACUUCUAUAUCCAGGAGAUCCACUCAACAACCUCAAAGCAGAUCAGAUUAUCAGACCAAACAAAGAGUGAACAAUGAAGGCAAUGAUGGUUGGCCGAAGACAACUGUUAUGUCAGGCUCCUCCCCUGCAACUUUAGCUCCAAACUCAGAAAGCUUUGCUGAGGUAAAUGUAGGGGACUCUUUGGAUACCGGUUCCAUUGGGAAGCCUGUAUCUGGAAUAUCUGUAGACCCAAACGACAAUCAGCGUAAUACGAUGAGAGAGUUAGCCAGGCAGCGUGCUCAACAGAGGCAGAAAGAAGAGGAAGAAAGAGCAAGAGAACAGCGGGCUAAGGCUCUUGCAAAACUGGAAGAGUUGAAUAGACGUUCUCAAGUAGCUGACGAGGGUUCAGCCAAGAACUUGGAAGCUACAUCUAAUGAUUCCAUUCCGGACAUGCCAAAAGUUCCUAUGUCUCUUUCACCUGCACGUAUGGCUGCAAAGUCUACAGAAUCUCCUGAAGAAUCAGGAAAACCCUCAAUGCAAAACGCGAUGACUGCAACAGAAUAUGUGGACCCUAAUCAGCAGGAGAAUCUUCCACAUCACCGUGAUGGAGCUGCCUCAAAACACAAGCGGUUGGGUUAUAAGCAGAAGCAAAAUAUCGUAUUUGAGAAAAGAGUGGCAGGGAACUCUUUCUCUGAAGCUACUACAGAGGUGUUCGAUGUUGUUCCAUCUCCUGAGGUGUCAAACCAAUGUGUAACAAGUCAUAAUUCAGACAUGCCAGUAACGUCAAGCGUUUCAACUGAGCCAGCUUUCACUAAAAGAAAAAAUAACAGGAACGGUAAGAAAAAGCACAAAGUUGAGGAGGCAAAAUUAAUGAGCACGACAAUAGCUGCGGUUGGGAAAGAAACCAAAUCGGGAGAUGAGUCAAUUGAGAUUGGUAGGGUCAGCGCGGGAGAAAUAAUGUUCGGGUCUUUGCCAGUCCCAAGCUUGGAUAUUAAAGUGCCUGGUAAUUCUUCUGACCAAAUCAGUUCCUCCACGAAUGAAGAAGCCCAAAGCAGAGCAAAAACCAACUCGAAAUCUCAACAUUUGCGCAAGACCCCAAGAAACUCGCUGGUAAAUAAGUCUGCAGGUAACAGUACUGUUAUUUGGGCUCCGGUGCAUCCACAGCAGAAACCUGAUAUCUCCACAGGUGUUGGGAGUCAGAGUACUGUUCCUGAGUUUAGCACCUCUUCGAAGAGUCUGCCUCAAGGGCAGACUAGUUCUAGAAGCAAAAGAGUGGAGCUGGAGAGAUAUGUAGCAAAGCCAAUAGUAAAGGAAACAGCUGAGCAAAUGGUCAGUAAAAAUCCAAUGACCGCUGCCCCAGAAAUGGCAGAGAAUGUUUUGCGGAAAGAAAACUGUGGAGGUGAAGGUACAGGAAUUCUCCAACCUCCUGGUUCGACUGAGGGGAAAUCUGGGUCUCCUUUAAAAUCAAGACAUGGGAAUGGUAGGCAGGGGAAGCAUGGUAGAGAUUAUGGAUCUUGGCACCAGCAUGGUAGAGAGCAAAUUGCUGUAGGCUCUUCUAAGGAUCGAACCGCAUGCAAUGCUGAUGGAUGGAACGAUGGCGGGUAUAAGACUCCUGAAACGCAUUACUCUGCUCCUGGAGAAAUGGAAGCAGGUGCUCCUCGGACCAUCGCUGUUGGAAAAGAUCAGGGAAUGAGCAUUCACGGUAAGCAGCAUACUUCCAGAAGUAACUAUGGCGACUCUAAAAAAGCAAAUACGAGAGAUUCCACCAGUAAAGCUCAUAUGCAGCAGUCUGGUCAAGGGUUAGGUCAACAAGGCCCUGGGGAUCAUGUGGCGCACACAGCUGUUGCUCCUAAUGUUAAUAGGGCAGGCCAGUCUGGUGGUCGUGAAUAUUCGAGGGACAGAACUUUUGCAUCUCAGAAAAGGGAUGUUGCUGGAUACGAACAUCAGGGGAUUACUCCAGAACAGAAAAUGACAUCAGUUGAUAAACCAGACCAUUCUCAAAACCGAUCUGUCAGUAAGGAGGUCCAAGGUGAGCAUCAUCCGAACACAGGCCAGAAUCGCAGAUUCGGAAGAGGCCAGGAGUCACACGGAGGUUGGGGUUCAUCAGUGCAAGAGAAUAUGCACCAUCACCAUCAGAGGCCAUUUUCAAACAGAGAUAGACAGAAGCAACAUCUGCAUUACGAAUACAAGCCUGUUGGGUCACAUGCCUAUGACGGAGAACAAUUAAAAGACAGUUAUCAGACAGAAGGUCCAAGAUACAGGGAGAAGGGACAGGGCCAGCAAAGGCAUGGUGGACAAAAGCCGUACCAACAUCAAAGGGGUGGUAGUGCUGGGAGAAACGCCGGUCAUGGAUUAUCAGAUGAGAGAAACUGA